AUGAGCGACUCACUCGAGAAAAAAAAUGAUGUUUCUCUUUCCGUGUUCAAUAGCGACCAGGAAAAAUGUGCCUCUUCUGACAGCUCCAGCCAACAUAAAGGUGAACUUAAAAGAACAUUCUCUGUUUGGUCUGUGUUAGGUAUUGGUUUUGGUUUGACAAACUCUUGGUUUGGUAUUUCUGCUUCGUUAAUUACAGGCAUUCAGUCAGGUGGUCCUCUUUUGAUUGUGUACGGUAUUAUCAUCAUUGCUUUCAUAUCAUACUGUGUCGGAAUUACACUUUCUGAGCUUUCUAGUGCUAUUCCUUCUGCUGGAGGUCAAUAUGUAUGGACUCGUGUUUUGUCUCCAAGAAAAUAUUCCAGUUUUUUGGCAUACAUCUGUGGCUCUUUGGCAUGGGCAGGAUCUUUGUUCACAUCAGCUUCGAUGGCCUUGAGUAUGGCCCAGACAGUUUUAGGUUUCUGGAACUUGACGCAUCCAAACCAUGUUACAAAGCCGUGGCAGCUUUUUGUCACAUACCAGUUGAUCAACGUCUUCUUGUUCAUUUUUAACUGCUAUGGUAAGUUUUUGCCAUUCAUCGCCAAUGGCGCAUUGUACGUUUCGUUAUUUUCCUUCACUGUUAUUACCAUCACCGUUUUGACCUGUGCUCGGAAUCAUUUCAACACUGCAGACUUUGUUUUCGUCACAUUUGAAAACAACACGGGAUGGAAGUCUGCUGGUAUUGCCUUUAUCGUGGGUUUGGUUAAUCCUAACUGGAGUUUUUCUUGUCUUGAUUCGGCCUCGCAUUUGGCGGAAGAGGUGCAUGGCGCCGACAGGGUGAUUCCAAUUGCCAUCAUUGGUACGGUCACCAUCGGCUUGCUCACCUCUUUGCCAUAUGCCAUUUCGAUGUUUUUCAGCAUCAGAAACUUGGAUGAUAUCAUUAACAAAGGUACUGGUCUUCCGAUUUUGGACAUUUACUACCAGGCUUUAAACAAUAAGGCCGGUGCACUUUGCUUGGGUCUGUUAAUUUUCAUCACAGGCUGUGGCUGUACCAUCUCAUCGCAUACAUGGCAAGCAAGAUUGUGCUGGUCUUUUUCUAGAGACAACGGUUUGCCAUUCUCCAAAUACUUGUCGAUCAUUGAUCCUAACCUCGGUGUUCCAUUUAAUGCCCACUUGUUCUCCUCUGUGAUUGUGGCCAUCUUGGGUGCUUUAUACUUGGUUUCCAGUACUGCUUUCAAUUCAAUGGUUGUUGGCUGCAUUACUUUCCUUUUGUUGAGUUACACUGUUCCUACAUUGUGCUUAUUGUACAGGGGCCGUCUGAACAUCAAACAUGGAUGUUUCUGGUUAGGCAAAGUUGGUCUUUUUGCAAACAUCAUCACUAUAUGUUGGACUAUUUUUGCCGUUGUUUUCUUUUCUUUCCCUACUUUCAUGCCUGUCACAGCAGGAAGUAUGAACUACGUUUCCGUAGUUUAUGCAGUUUACUUUGUUCUAGCUAUGGGUUACUGGUUCUUCCCAAUCAAAAAGUAUUCUUGCAGAGAGCAUUUCGCGGGUGGCCUCGGGAACAACGAGGAAGAAGAAUUCCCCGAUGUUUGCCUUCAAAAAUUAUAA